AUGGCGGCUCCUCUGGUUCGGAUUUUGUCAAGGUCCUGCAGUCAGCGGUGUCCUGUCAGAGCCCUGCAGAGCGGAGGAUGGAGACUCAGAUCCACCAGCUCCGCUCCAGACCUGUACUCUGACCAAAGUCCUGUGGUCUCCUUCCCUCCUCUGCAGACGUACUCCGAGGAGGAGGCCAUGAUGAGGGACGCAGUGAAAAAGUACGCUCAGGAACGCAUUGCUCCGUUUGUGUCCAAGAUGGAUGAAGCGUCGCACAUGGACGACGAGGUCAUCCAGUCGCUGUUCGAACAAGGAUUGAUGGGCGUUGAGAUCGACCCGGACUACGGCGGCACCGGCUCCACUUUCUUCUCGUCCAUCCUGGUCAUCGAGGAGCUGGCGAAGGUCGACCCAUCAGUGGCCGUUCUGUGUGACAUCCAGAACACGCUCAUCAACACACUGCUGUCCAAACUGGGGACCGCGCACCAGAAGAGCACCUACCUCAGCCGCCUCUCCACCGACAUGGUUGGUAGUUUCUGUCUGUCUGAGGCAGAGUCCGGCAGCAACGCCUUCGCCCUGAAAACCAGAGCAGAGAAACACGGAGACUUUUACACUAUCAACGGCUCCAAGAUGUGGAUCAGCAACGCGGAGCACGCAGGGGUCUUCCUGGUCAUGGCCAACGUGGACCCUUCUGCUGGCUACAGAGGCAUCACCUGCUUCAUCGUGGACAGAGACACAGACGGACUGGAGAUCGGCAAAAAGGAAAACAAACUGGGACUUCGAGCCUCCUCCACGUGUCCACUCAACUUCGACAACGUCAAGGUGCCUGAGAAGAACAUUCUGGGUCAGAUCGGUCACGGAUACAAAUACGCCAUCGGGAUGUUGAAUGAGGGCCGCAUCGGGAUCGCAGCACAGAUGCUGGGCCUGGCUCAGGGCUGCUUCGACAACACCAUCCCGUACACGCGGCAGAGGGUCCAGUUUGGGAAACGAAUUUUUGACUUUCAGGGCAUGCAGCACCAGAUCGCACACGUAGCCACUCAGAUCGAAGCGGCUCGACUUCUCACCUACAACGCUGCUCGACUCAAAGAAGCAGGACGUCCUUUCAUCAAAGAGGCCUGUAUGGCAAAGUACUUCACUGCUGAGGUGGCGACGCUAACCACCUCCAAGUGCAUCGAGUGGAUGGGAGGCGUGGGCUUCACCAAAGACUAUCCCAUCGAGAAGUACUACAGAGACUGCAAAAUAGGAACUAUUUACGAAGGCACCACCAACAUCCAGCUCUCCACGAUGGCCAAGUUUAUCGACAAAGAGUUCGACCAAUGA